UUGCACCACGCGACUCGUUCUUUUUGGUCAACCUUCGUGAAGAAGGACGAAGUGCUGACAAAAUGCGCUUAGAAAAAUGCUAUUUUUGUUCGUCUACGGUCUAUCCAGGACAUGGAAUCGCUUUCGUAAGGAAUGAUUGUAAGAUAUUCAGAUUCUGUAGAUCAAAAUGCCACAAGAAUUUCAAGAUGAAAAGAAAUCCUAGAAAGAUCAAGUGGACAAAGGCAUUCAGAAAAGCUUCUGGAAAGGAUUUGGCUAUUGACACCACAUUUGAGUUUGAAAAGAAGAGAAAUGUUCCAGUCAAAUAUAACCGUGAACUUUGGACCAACACAGUCCGUGCUAUGAAGAGAAUUGAAGAGAUUAAACAGAAAAGACAAAAUCUACACAUUAAAAACAGAUUAAAACCCGACAAACAACUAGUAAAAGAAGCCGACAAGAAAGAAGUGCUACAAAAUAUCAACCUCAUCGCAGAACCAGUCAAGAAGAAGAAGGCGCAAAAGAUUUCCCAAGUCAUGCGAGAAGCAGAAACCAUGGACAUGGAUGAGUAGAACAAAGAACAAGGCUAGCAGAACUAGACUCUUUUCUUUUUAUAGUAGACAAUGUGUUGUAUAAAAUAAAMAAGGAUUGACCCAA